GCCAGUUGGAUGAGUCUGUGACCGUUAGUCUGUUCCAUCCUCCGAUGGAGUCAUCUGGACACCGUGGAGCAAUUUUGCGCAUCAUCAGCAUCUUUUUGUGCUGGAAAACAGCUGAACUAAACUGAGUUUAUUAUACUCUGAAUAUUUGUUUCUUAACUUUUAUUCUUUUUUUAUUUUUAUUUUUUCAUGGACCACUUGAAACCUAAAAGACUGGUUUGUGCGUAAAAGUCAUUUUUGAUGGAAUAAAUAGUUUGGAGCGGUCUGGCAGAGUGAUCGAUUUCCUCUUGAUGGACUUUAAUCUUUCACUCGUGACAAAGGAUUUAAAGCUUUUUAAUGCAUUUUAAGAAAAUUGUUUAAAAGACAUUUUUUAUAUCCUUCUGACAACUUUUCUUUUCACUGAAAGGAAUUUAUUUAAGAAUCGUCCUGACUUAUAUUUCUGUGAGAAAUCCACUUUGUUUUUGUUUGUAUAAAAACUGGUUUGAUGGAAACAUGACUUUGGUUCUCAUGAACAUCCUGCUCCCGCUGCUCCUGCUUCACCUCUCAGCGGUGUGUUUGUCCGCUCAGCGCAAGCAUCCAGCGCGCUACUUCGGGCACAUAGCAGAAAACUCCCCGGCUGGGACGCCCGUGGACGGGGUUCUGAUUCCGCUCCUAACCGCGGGGUGUCCUGAUGCGGAUCUCGAUGCGAGCCUGGACGGGAAUUACGCAUCGGAUUUCAGGGUCGUUUACGGGAACCGGGACCACCGGAGCCAUCUGGGAUUGGUCUCCGCGAAACCUCUGGAUCGAGAGUURAUCGCGAUGUACGAGCUGACCGUGGAGCUGCCGCCAAGGUGUCAGAGGAGACCAGCAGUCYUCCAGGUCGAAGUGUCAGACAGGAACGACAACAUACCCCGCUUCACCUGCGGCAACAAGACGGUGGAGGUGGACGAGCUGACUCCUCUCGGAACCGAGCUGGCUCGCUUUGACGCAAAAGACAGCGACGCGGYGAAAAACGGACGCGUAACUUUUUACGCAUCACCAGAGGAGCCCGAUCUGCUCCACGUGGUUCCACAGACCGGGCAGGUGCGGCUCGUCGGAUCCCUGCUGGGGGUCAGCCAGGUGAAUCUGCGCCUUUACGCGAAGGACAGAGGAGAUGUCACGCUGAUAGGAGAGCCCGUGUUCCUGCGCGUCGACGUCCGGAGGUCCGGCAGAGCGCGGCGGACAUCCCGAGCCCUGCCCGAGGAUCUGACCUACUCAGUGACCGUCUCGGACCACAUCCGAGUCGGAGAUCUGGUGUUCACGGUGCCGGACCAGAGGUUCGAGCAGCGGUGGUUCGAGGUGAUAUCUGAGGCCGACUCGCCUGUGCAGAUCGAGAGGGACUCGGGACGUUUAUACCUGGCGCGCAGCCUGAGGGAGCCCGCGGAGGUGGUGGUCAAGAUCCAGAAUCUCCGAGGUGAUGAGUGGUACCUGUGCAGGCUGUCUCUGAGUAUGCCCAGUCAGGCUGACCUGCAGUGGGCCAUGUUUCCAUCCCCUUACCUGGCCACCGUCAGUCCCGAUGCCACUCCUGGAUCUGUCGUWUAUCGACUGUCAGCACGGCAACGUGACGGGACACUGGGCCAGGCCCAUUUCCUCCAGCUGGAUGGUGGUGAUGAGUGCUUUGAAGUGGACCGUCGUUCUGGUGUGAUCAGGACUACAGGACGCCCUCUUACCCCAAGCAAGGAGUACCUGCUGAGGGUCCAGGCAGUUGAUGGACGGGGUCGCAAAGGUCCACCUGCCAUUGUUUCCAUCCUGGCUGGAUACCGACCACCACAGUUCACUAACUCUACSUACAGCCUGAAUGUGCCGGAAAACACACCUGUUGGCCAACC